AGUCAGUGUCCUCUUAUCCGACACUCAGGACCCAGGGACACAUCAAAGCCAGAGAGGAGAGGGAUCUAGAUACAGAGACGUGUUGGACCGUAUAGGACAGCCCUUUGACCAGGAUGAACUUUGCAGCGCAGUUUUUCUACUCCAACUACCUGAGUGAGCGACUUGAGCGUCUAUUUUCACCGAGACCUUCACUCAAAGACAGCGAGGAGAAUGACCCCUUCUGGGAGAGGUGGGAAAAUACAACACGUCCUUGUCUGGAUCCUUCCAACCUCCCCCCUCCUCUACCUGGCCCUGUAACUAAGGAUUUACCCGGUGCUAUGAGAUCGGAAAUUGAUUCCUUCUCCUCAGCCUCUGUUUCCCUUUCUGCAAGUACCUCAAUUCCCACUCCUCAUCAUCCUUUUGUUUUCCUGCCUCUUCAAAGUAACACACCUUCAAAUCUCCACUGUCUUCCCCUGCCUCCUCCUCCUUCUCCUUCUCCUCCUCCUCCUCCUCCUCCCAGUCCUCACCCUAAUCACAUAAAGAAAUUAUCACAGCCAGCUACCAGUCAUCCACAUCUAUGUUUGGCCUCUGCUGUCCCUGCAUCAAAGAACGUUCACCAACUCCCCUCCAACAUUUCUCCCCAGAUGGUUCUUCCACAACCUUCCUCUUCCUCCUCGUCCCUCUGCGUGUCUUCUUCCUCCUCUUUUUCACCUCCUGCCUCGCAUAGAGAAGAACUGUUCCCACCUUUUGAAGCUCUGGUAGACUUGCUCCUUCGCUUUGUCCUCUACCUUUUUCUUCUCUUUGUCCCCAGGUAACUCUCCCAGAUUCAAAGAAUAUGUUAUUGAGUAUAGUACUGUAAAAUUGAAAUAAGUAACAACCAGGGUCUGAGAGGGGUUUCAAGUGUUUCCUCUUAUAGCAGAUGCAAGCAUUUUAGACAGACACAACUUCAGUCUUGAUAAGAAAUCUUCAAAUGCUCAAAAUAAAACCUUCCUGAGAUAGUUUUGUCAGACAGAUUUGCAAUAACCAACAAUAUUUAGACUAAGCAUCAUUUCUUCUGCUCUUAUACAAAGAUUUGCAAAAGCCUCUCAUCUGAAUUUUUUAAUAUAAUAAGAGAGCUGUUGUCAAACAGCAUGCUGAGACAGACUACUUUUGGCUAAAUCUAACCAAAAUAACCAUCUGUACCUAAUCCUAACUCUGUCGUGUUGUUUUCUGAUGCCUAAACCUGACUACAGACGAGGGACUCUUGUGCAAAAGUUUGCUUCAAAAUUCACUUCAAAAACCAUUGUUCAUGAACAUAGUCCAGGCAGAGAUUUUGUUGUAUCCACAAUGCCAAUCAAAAAGCAUUGUAAGUUGGAUUGUAAAUUCUGGGAGACAUAGUUUGGCAAGAAAGUUAAGAAACCCAAACCUUAAAGAUGCUGUGUUGCACCUUAAACAUGGAAAAAUGAACACCCAAGGAUAUGUGGUAUGCAAGGAUACAGUCUCCUUUAACAAAUAAAGGUUUUUUUCAUUGGUAAAUGAAGCGCUGCAGCAGCCAGUCGGGACAUUUGGUCUUUAAAAGACCAUUAAGGAGCUAAGAGAGAGCUAUGAUGAACGCCUGCUGGGCUGAAAUGUCUCCUUCACUUUCUGCCCAGUCCUCACUUUGAUCAAAUUUAAAUGAAGACGAUCAUUUUCUUUUACCAUCGCAGCUCUUUUCAGGAGGCUUUUGACCCUCCAGACUUGCUGCCUUUUUUGUUUCUUAAACACUGAUUUUGAACUCUGCUCAUGAGACAUCUCAGUCACAGUGGUAGUCUUGGACAUCCUUUAACACAGCUGUGUUUAAAGCAAACUAUUUGUCUGGGACAGAGGGCUGCAAUAAACCCCCUGGCAUGAGGUGAAAGGUCACUGUAUUGUUUAUAGGAGGUGAUUGUGAUAUAAAUAGAGUUGAAUGUUUCUUGCAGAGGGCUGGGACAGAGUAUUGUUUAGGUGAACUACUCCCCCUGGUGGUCUUUAAACAUUUCAAACAUAAAUCUCAUUAAAGUAACUCUAUCUUUAAAGAUUUUUUUUAAUUCUUCCUGAGAUGCUCUGAACCAUCAGAUAGCAGCAAACAACACAGAUUGGUCAGGAUUUAACACACAUUUUUUUUCCCGUAGAGUAGAUUUAAAUAUUGACCUCUCAUUUCUGCUUAUUCAAGGAGUCAAACUCAACCAUUAACCAUUUCUGAUCCGCUUUAACAGCUAACUGACAGGGUUAAACUCCAAAGAAUUUAAUCCUAUUAUCAUAUUUAUACAGUGUUAAGGACCUCCUUAACUACUCAGUAAGGAAAACCGUCAUUAUCAGGUCUGGUGUUAAACCUGCACAGACCUCAAUGACAGUUAUCGAAAGUACUGGUGGUUCUCCACCCUAAAAGCACCCAUAAAUCAGUGCUAAUCAUUCAGUAAAUCUGAGUUACCGUAUAAUCCAGACAAUUCUCAAGAGCUGGCACUCAGAUAUUGGAAACCACUGGACCAGAUGAUUAAUAAGACCUUUUUUUUUUUUUUAUGCAAAGAUGUUUUUAUUUUUCAUAAAUGGUAUAGUCACAUCUAAAAAAUAAGUAUUACUUUAAACCCACCGGAAAUGCUUUCUCUUUAUUGCUUAAGCAGAAGUGAAAAACUAGCUCCAGAAAAGUUCACACAGUUUGAUUGUGGACUUUAUGAAACAUAGUCACUACUAUAUCACCCACUUUGCCAUUGCUGUCUUUAAAUCCACUAAUGUCGCCAUGUUGGAAAUGCUGACCCAUCCAAACUCUCCGACAGCCUAAUAAGAGACGGCGAAGUGGAGUCAAUGCAGGGUUUUAUUUGAGUCCUACAGUCUAUGGUCCUAACCUUUAUCCUAAUGGAUGUGUUGAGGUGAUGACAUCAAAAUGGAUGUACUUAGAUAAUUUACCCCCACCCCCAUGCCACUUGUGUGUGGAAGGAGAAAUGAUCUACACAGAUCAAAACCCUUUUUAUUUUUCGUACCUGCUAUAAACAAGUGAAAUAAACAUUUGUUUUAAAGAUAUUAAAGUCCCCAGUUUGGUGAAUCUGAGAAAUGGCUGACCGCACUGACAGACAUGUACUCUGGAGUUGUUUGCAAAGAGGCUAAGAGCUCACCUCGACUACCCCUCUUUGCCUCACAGCAGGUCAUCUGAAAGUUAGAUUGAGUAAGUGUUUCCACUAUAACAGCCGUCACCAAUGGGCUCAGCUUCAGAAACUACUGGGUGACCUCACAAACUAUGUUCCUGUGUUAAAGGGUUUAAAUGUGCCUCGUGCUUCCUGCCAGCCUUACAGUUGAACAUGCUUGUAGGGAUGCAGCCUCUGCAGAUGUUAAACCCUCUGCCUGGCUCAUAGACAUCCAUGAAAAAAGUCAGUUAUUCUGGAGCCAACAACAGUUAUCACAGAAUAAGACAAACUAAAGAAGUCAUCUGAGGUGUGAGUUAUUGAAUUAAAGAAGAGCUUUUGAACUUUUCGACUGACUUGUACAGUUAUAUUUUAUCGGUGCCUCUGUGCUGAUCAGCCAUAAAUCAAACUGUCCUGCCUUCGGACUUACAUUACCACUUUAAUCAUUUUUUCAUCCAAAAUCUUUGGGUUUGAAUAACCCAAUAAAUCAUAAAUUGACACAGAAAUGUAAGCUGUCUUGGUGAGUGGGAGCUGUGUAGACAUGAGAGGUGAAUACAUUAAUCUCAGACUGAAAGGGAUUGCAUGGAGGCGCCUUUGUGUCAAGCCUGAGGUCUGUUCAAUUUCAAUUCACUAUUUUCUACAAAACUGUGGAAAUUUUUCACUUAAACGUACAGUGUGUGGUAAUACGUCUCACUUUGCAGAACAAACUUAGUAGAAAUGGAGUAACCAUUUUAUGUUUAUAACAGUAUGAUCACCUUAAUAUACAAACAGAUUUGUUGUUGUUUACUUGUAAUGCUUUGUAACGGGACAGAGGCUCUUCCACAGAAGCUGCCAUCUGGCAUCCAGUAACUUCUGGAAACGUAUUGGUUGAAAGACUAAGAAGCAGAGGGAAAAAUGGACAGGGGGACAAAUAAUUUGUGUAAAAAAGAGUUUUGAUGGUAAAAACUUGACACAUGGAGGAUCUUUAUUGUUGGCAGCAGCUUCUUGUCCUGGAAGGGUACCAUUACCUAAGUAUAACAGGGUGAAAGAGGGAGUGUUUGAAUCACAAAAACUGGCAAGUUAUCCCAAAAUGUUUUCAUUUCUUCUCUCUGCACUUUUGGCCUUUUGAAGAACUACAAAAACAAACAAGACUAUCAACAACAACACUUACGAUGUUGUCAUUUUUAAUACUUUUAAGUACCAUUUAAGGGUAUGUUUCAGACUAUUUACAGAGCACAAAGGAAAUGCCUUGUUUUAAAAAUUACCUGACAAAUAUUGAAUGAUGCAUUUCACUGGUAAAAGAAAGCAGGUGAAGGUUUUGUUGUUAGUAAGGUGAUUUGCAUUUACAUGGGACAAAAUGAGCCAAGAUAUUUGAGACUCGUCCAGAGGGGGUGCCAAAAUCAACACAAACAGAAGUCCUUGCAAGACCCUUUAACCCAGUGGUUUUCAAUCCAGUCCUCAAGGCCCACUGUCCUGCAUGUUUUGGACGUUUUCCUGCUCCAACACACCUGAUUCAAAUGAUCAGCUCGUUAUCAAGCUCUGGAAUGGCUUAAUAACGAGCUGAUCAUUUGAAUCAGGUGUGUUGGAGCAGGGAAACAUCCAAAACAUGCAGGACAGUGAGCCACGAGGACUGGAUUGAGAACCACUGCUUUAACCACAGUAGUGGCCUCAAGCUUGAUUUUGGUCCUCCCUUCUUGGUGUCCCCGUUUUUAAUGUUUAUCUAACCCAUUGCCAGCUGACUCUUCACUGGUGUAAGAUUAUAACAUACAUAAAAUAUGAGGUAUUUAUAGAGCUUUGGAUGAAGAUGCCCAAAAACAGGCCUCUAAAAAAAGUCUUUCCUUCCUGAUAUGACAACUGUUGAUGUCAAAACUUAAAUGUAACGUAAGUAAGCUUUCGAAUUAUUUUGGCUUACUGUGUGAUACUUACACCUGUGUUGAUAAGAAAGUAUCAUUUUGAACAGAAAAGUCUUACCACCACACUAAAAUUAUUGAUAAAGGCAAUAUUAGACCAGCCUCACCCUUAAACUGUGAGGUAUAAAAAUGUUCUUAUGUUGAGAAAAGCCCUUUUCAUUUUUCACACACAAAAUUCUAUCAAAUGUGUCAGACUCUUGUAAUAAGAAUCCGGGCCUGUCAGUCCCAAAUAUAAAACCUUCUAAGUGGAUGGACUUUGAUGAGGAUGAUUUUCCUCAUGGAUUCAGCUUCUGUUUGACAUCAAACUGGAACGAUUCCCAGACUUUUGAAGCUAUGGGUCAUUUGGAUGCUGUUGUACAUAAAAAUAGGGUCAAGGUUAAAAAAAACACCUGGAAUCCUUUUAAAUCCUGUAUUGCUUCCUCCUUAAUCUCAUCCAUGCGAUUAAGAAAUUUGACGUAACAUCUGUCUGUUGUGUUGUUCUUCAGAGAGGAGCUGUGUCUGGGUUCCACUCAGUCCGGAGCCUGUUUUAAACCCUUCAGUAAUGGCGCCGCAGGCCGCAGACCCACCCUCAUUGAACCUGAGCGCCUGAAGGACUUUGGUGAAGAAGAGCUCCUCAAUGGGGACGUGAAGGUCCAUGAAACCAUUGUAUCAGGGAGUCCUGAGUUUGUGCUCAUGGAGCCUCCAAAAACCAGACGAGUCAGUGAGUUCAGGAUCCUCCCCAGACAGGUCCCCGAGUUUCUCCGCUUUGAAGACAUCAGCGCUGCAGCCUUCAGGAUCCAGGCAGGAAUACAGAAGACGCCCUGCACGGUACACAAGCUUAGCAUGAGCCAUUAGAGAGUGAAUGAAUGUGGAAAAGAUAAAAAUAUUGAAACAUAUCCUGAAACACAUAAAAAAUUACAUUGACCUACUCCCAGAAGUGGGAUUUUUGUGACAUAGAGGCUGCUAUUUACACCCCAUGACCUCGCAGUGAGCUGGCAGCACCCAUGACCUCAGUCUCAGAGUACCUCUCACCAGAGAUUAUUCUCUUUUCGGAAAGUCCUGUGACACUUAUGCUACUCUUAGCAGAGGGUUUAGCCUGUUUUCAAAAGCUGCGUAUGCUAUAUGUUAGCUUACUUGAUGGUGCUCACAAAAGAACACGGAAAAUAAUUAUUAGAAAUCUUGACAUAGCAUUAGCAGUAGCUCUAAACCUGGUGGUUAUCUCUACACCACAUGAGCUCGCUAACAAUAUGAAGUUAAGGAUGGACUUCCUCUCCACAAGGACAAAGUACAAACUCCUUCUUAAGCACUGGUAAAAGACCAAAAAGCUCAGAUUCAAGCUGAAUUUGAAAAAGUGAAGUUGUGACUUUUUUGUGUCCUGUAGACUCUGAUAGGACGAUUGCCACAAUGAUGUCAUGGUAUUAGCUGGAAAUAAAAAGAGGCGGUGCGAGUGUCUUAAAAUUUGGAUAGAAAAAUAGAAAGAGUGACAAUAGUCUCAAAAUUGAAAAUGUGGCGCCACUGCCCGCUGAAAAGAACAAGAACUGUGACUAAACAUGACAGAAAAGGUCCGCAGGCAGGGGAUAGACAUUAUGCUAGCUUGUGCUGCACAGUCCUCAUUUAGCUAACCUUUAUUUACAGUUGUGUGGAUUGAUGUCAUACUUAAAAGAUUUCCUUUAACCUCUAAUCAGAAAAUAGAGACGCAUUAAGAGAACUAUUGGAUUUAUCUGUGGCACUAACUCUUUUAGAAAAUGAGCUAACAUUAGCAUUGUACAUCUACAUUUAGCUAACGUUGGAACAAGACAAGAUAACUUGCUCAAAAGAAAUAUUUGCCUUCAGUUAAGCCCCACCCAUCAUAAAAAUAGUUCACCAUCUUUUCAUAUUCUGUUUCUUAACCCAGAGAGGGUCUCUACCAGAUGAUAUUAGUAUCAGAUACACACUCGCCAGAGCUGGUUUUAAAUCCCUGCUUGUGUUUUGUUUGUGAAUUUUUGCAGUACUCCAGACUGUCCAAACAGUACGGCAUGGAAAUCUACCUGAAGAAGGAGCACCUGCACUACACAGGUUCUGUGAAGGAGAGAGGAGUCCUGUACCUGCUCGCCUCUCUGACACAGGUGAGACAGAGGGGGGUGACUGCUUCCUGUCAGGUAAAAGCUGCUGUAUAACUAGAGUGUGUCCCAUUGACUGAAGUGAGUCAGAAUCCUCCCAGACAACUCAAAUGACUUUCAAUCAUUAUUGACGUAACAAAAGAGUUUGAUUAUUUGGGGUUUCUUACAAACUUUUUGGUUCAAGUUUGAUAUGUUUGGACGACUGGUGAUGGGUCCAAAAAAAAUAAAAGUAGUCUGCUGUGAAGAGCUUCUGCAACAUCCAUCUGAUGGACUAAGACUAAACUUGCUAAUCUGCUAGUAACUUUUAGGAAAACCUUUGACAGAUACAGGGAAAUAGACACACUGUUUUCUUGAGGUGAAUUUGUAUUUUUUCCAGGAGCAGCAGAGAAAGGGGGUGAUCGUGGCCACCGACUGUAACUUCUCCAUGGCUGUGGCUCAUCAUGCCGUGGAGCUGAAGAUCCCUGUGUUCGUCAUCAUGCCGUCAUGCUGCUCCUCGCCUCGCCUCAGGAUCUACAGAGAUUAUGGUGCUAUGGUCAUCUCCUACGGCAGCACCGGGCCCGACUCCCAGAAACACGCCCGCCACCUGGCCACAGAGAAUGGAUACCUGUACCUGGAAGAGUCAGUCCCACUUAUACUUUUACUUUUCACAUGGGUCGAGUUAUCCCUUUUCUGACAGUGAUAUAGAACGACAAGGAACAUUGGUACCAACAUAAGAUUUAACUAUCUCUGAAAUUUCAGAAUAAAGUUGUAAUUUGGAUUUCAACCUUCUUGCGAGGUGCCUGAGGUAAAACAACAGCCUUCAACUGUAGUGUAUAAGUAUGAGGUAAAGUCCAGUGUCAAUGAUUAGACAAAAAGAUACACCACUUUCAUACGGUAGUAACUUCCAUGUCCAUUACUUACAUUUGAGUGAAAGAGACUCUAAUUUUACAAAAGAUAUCAGCUGUGAGACUCCCUUGAAGUCGUGCCAUAACAAAUAAUUUUUAUGGAUUUUGCAUGAAAAUGAAGGAUCCAUGCUUGAAGAAAUUUGGUUCUUUAAGUGAUAUGGUUUCCAUCCGUUUGUAGGAUUUAUAGUAUUGACCAAUCACAUAUGGGAAGGUUUUGAUGUUUGCUGGAAAAGCUGUCCACAUAGAGAGAUAUGGCAAAAGCAAUCCAUGGACUGAUGGCAGUUUAUUUAUCUCUAUUUACAGAUAUCUGAAUGUGAGUGCAGCAAACAAUCUAUCUUAAAUGAAGAUAAACAACAUGAGCUUUCAACCUGUUUGACCAUAUGGUGCAAAUUAAAAUCAUUAAAUACAUUUCCUGGCCUCCUGGAACGUAUCAGAAAUGUUUGAUCUGGCCUUCGCUAAAUGAACAAACUGCAACACUCACAAUAAACAAGGUGAAGUGUAGGGCGAACAGUUGUCUGUGUAACUCUACCCACUUUAAACUUCACAGUACACAGAACACCACAGUUUUCAGAGAAUAAAGUAAAGCCAGCACAGUUAAGUCAGUAAUGGAAAGUCUUCCUGGUGUGAUUUCCCUUUUUUGCAUCCUAAACAUCAUUUAAUGUCUGGAUAGAUACUUAAGACAGUGAGUAAAAUUGAGGUGAAGUUGUGACUUGUCUGACAACUGAUAUCUUUGCAUGUAAAAUAGUACAUUUUAAUAAAUUCAUUGUGAAAUAUAUUAUAAAGAAAGUGAGCAUUAGACAUUUCCUCACAGCUUUCCUGCAUAAAAAAUAUAUAAAUUAAAAAAGGAUUUUCUCGAGAUCUUUUACGAGAGCAGAAAAUGAGUUCAAAAUAAAAUUCAAUGUACCCUUCCCCUGGCUGCGUACGUUCCAAUAUUUUUGUUGAAUUGACCCAAAGUAAUACUGACCAAUAACUCCCGAGACAACAUUUGCGAGAUCUCGCAAAAAAUCUCAACAAAAGUUUUUUUUGGGUUUUUUUUUGUUUCUUCAUGUCCCUUCAGGGGCUUCAUAGCCCUGAUACUGGGGCAGAGUGUUUUUUAUACCGCUGAUUCACUGUAGUUUUUACAUUCACUAUUUAUAUUCAGUAAGUUUAGAAGGUGUUGCACAGUGGGUCAAAUCUAGCUGCUGUUAUGGAAUCUUGUAAAUAAAACUAUAAUCAUACCACAUUUUUGCAUUGUUUUCUAGAGCACAUGAAAUCAUAUAAAGCCUCAUCUUGUUCUCACUGUGUAUUUUUGUUUUUGUCCAGGAAUGAGAGCGCAGUUUACAUUGCAGGCCUGGGCACGGUAGGCAUGGAGAUCUAUGAGCAAGUUCCCAAAGUGGACGCAGUGAUUGUUCCUGCAGCCGGGCAGUACGGUCUACUGACCGGCACAGCUGCUGCCAUCAAACACCUCAACUCUAAAACACUUGUCAUAGUGAGUACAACACCAAAAAUUUGACUUUAGCUGUCUCAAGCAAUAUCUACAACUAGGGUACCAUUCUCAACACCAUAAAACAUUGUGAUACUCCAUUUCGGCACUAUGCAGAUGACACCCUUAUAUCCUUAAAGCUAUUUGGGUUGCUCAUUUAAUUUCACUAGAAAUUCCUAGCUGUACUACAGGGUGAAUAGCCAAACCACUUCUGAGGCUUAACUCUUUCAAAACACUAACCCUAAAAUAGACUUUGGCUUGAGUGGCACUGUGAGCAACUUCUGUCUGCUCUUGGCAGUCCAUCUCAACAUGUUGUACCUACUGCUGAGACCAGUCAGCACAACAUGGAGUUAUUUUGGUGUUGAUCCUCAUGGGGGUGCUGAAAAAACUCCUGAUUAACUCUUUUCCAAAAACUGUUAACAGUCAUAGAUUAUUAUUUAAUGUGUUUUUAGUAGGUAAUAUGUAAAGUCAAGUAAAGCAGAAUAGAUUUCAAGUAAUCUGACUUUCUCUGACAGGGAGUUGAACCUGAAAGUUUCCCUCUGCUGCUACAAUCUCUGAAAACUGACAGUCCAGUCAGAGACAUGCACAGCAGCCUCAACAGGAAACUCUACGGAGGUAAACAUUUUAGUUGGCUCUGGUUCCAAACAUGUGCUCUCAGAUCUAAAUGAAUCAUUAUUUACACAUAGUUCUGUUUACAGCUCACGUUGCUAUAUUAAUCACUCUAUUGCAGUAAAUUAAUAUAUUUAUGUUGUGUCUGGUGUCAGAUCUUGUGGAGCGUUCACUUGGGGAAAACACCUUCCAGCUGGCAAAGAAACUAGUAGAUAGAGUCAUCUCUGUAAGGUACUACAUCUUCUCAUCUCUACCUACAAAUUCAGAUUGUCAAAUCCUAUUCCUAAUCCUAAUUGAUUAAAGUGUCAGCUAAAGAACUUAAGGUUGCUAUGCAGAAGUAGAUCAUUUUGGACCAAAUGUAGUUGUAUGAAACUUGAAUGUGAAGAAACCCUGGCAAGACUGUUCUUACUUUGUGUUUUUAUGUCACAGUGAGGAAGACUGCUUAGUUGCCAUGCUACGGUUUCAAGAGUUUGAACGUUCCACAGUGGACACAGAGGGAUCCAUGGGACUGGCGGCCAUCUUGGCUGGGCAACUACCAGAGCUUAGAGGCAAAAAGUGAGUCAUGGUUUGAAGUAAAGGAGUCCUCAUACUGUUUUUGAAUGGAUGUUUGAUAUUGCACACCGUCCCUUCAAAUAUUAAGUAGUCAGACAGUCAGUCAGUUAGUUAAUGAACAGAUAAGUACUCUAAAUUAAUUGAAUAGAAGUCUGACGAGGAGUGAUGUAAGACUGAUGUUCAGGCAAAAGAGCAAAGUCAGCAGAGUUCAUCUGUUUGACCUCUGGUGAACCUUUAUGUGUGUUUGUGUGUGUGUUGCAGGGUUGCUGUAGUGGUGAGUAGUGCUAACAUGGAUCUGGAGCUGGUCCGGCAGUGUGUGGACCGGGCUCUGGUGCUGGACGAUCGGGUUAGUAAAUUCUCGGUGCAACUGGGAGAAUGGCCAGGAGACAUGGCUAAGCUGCUGGACUUCCUGUCCAGAGAGGACGUCAGGUAUGCUCAGCUGCGGGCCAUUUAGAGAUCUUUGCCUUGUAAAGGUUCAAUCCGUUCUAUGUUUAAUGGUCCUUUAAUUCUUAACUCUGUUCCGUUACUCUCAGGUUGUUGGAUGUCUGCCAUCGGAGGCAAGGUGACAAGACAGACCUGUUCAAAGCAAAGGUAGGAAACUAAUCUCCCCUCUGCACCUGGUACUUUUUGUCUCCUGACUUUGGUCUGCUUGUGUACUUUCCAGUACAAUGAAAGUUGAGACUUUGAGAUAGACGGCCAAAGUUUGUGUGACUUCCACUAGGUUUGGAUUAGGUGUCACUGUACCUUGUACAAGUUUGGCUUUAGUGAUGCUUGUGUGAUUUUGUGUUAAUUAAACCCAAGUUCACCUUUCAACAUGAGCCAGAAACACUAGAAGCUGUGUGUGUUUACAAGACCACUUUUGUUUUCUGACUAACUAUAGAUAUGCUCAUGCAUUUUAUAUCCUCUUGGCGGACAUUUUGCAGAUACUUGUUUACUGUCUCUCUUGGCUUGAGAUGAUAAGUCAACAUGGCUGUGUGAAUCUGGUUGGAAAAUGAAACAAGAGUUCUUUCUGACAAGAUGAUUAAAACCAAAUAAAUCCACAUAAAAAAUACUUGACCUCCACCUCCAUUUUUGGGUCCUGCUGCCGGGAUGUCAUGUUACUAAAACUACGAUCCGUGUCUUGGGUGUCUAAACACUGGAUCAGAAUAGAUUAUGCCGCAUGUGAAAGGAAGACACAGAAUUUUCCAUUGGAAAGACUCUUUGAAUCUAAAGAUGUGUUUAGACCACAGGAACUUUCCAUGGAGCCAGGGACCUCACCCUGAAACUCUGUGAGUGUUUCUACUGCAGGAACAAGGGUCUAAAUUUAGUUCUGGGUUAGAUUAGAUUUACCUCUUGAUUUACUUUUUCAUGGCCCAGGGACUUUUAAAGGCAGGGCCUGACAACUUCAUUUACAUUCUAAAAAACUAAAAAAACAGGUUGUUAAUUAACAUAUAAAACAUUGGCAGCACAGACACAGAUGCAGGAAGAGGGACGGUAGAUCAUAUCCCACAUAACCUAAAGUAAUCUGAACACUAAAACUAUGUAAAUUUGUGAAUUUUGACUCUGUUCAUGGACAUUUUUUUCCCCAUCUUUGGAGGUGCUUUUGGGUGUUUUUACAGCUUCAGGUGUUAUCAGGAAACAAUCUUCUUUACACUAUAAGCUGAUAUCCAAUUUACAAAGAGAUAACAGACAGGAGCCAAAGGGAAACAGCACAGAAGCAUAUAUUUCCAGUUACCUGAUGUUGUUCAAUACAGAUUACAGCUGCCAAUGUGAUUUCUGACAUCUAUGUGUUAGAAAAUUAAAAUAAUUGAGACUCCAAUAAAGAGCUGUGCAAGUAACUCCAUUUCCAAUUGCCAUUCCUGGAUGUUAUUGGCCUGACUAACAUUAUCUACCCUGAACUUAAGGCUGCUGGUGGAAACGCAGACAACAAUGAGCCACUGGAACUAUUUAGAUUCUUGAAGAGAAGACUCUGAACUAAAAGCUGUAGGUACACUUAGUAAAAAAAAAAAAACACUAGAUAGGAAACAGUGGUUAUGUAAAACCACCUAGUGUUAUGUCUGGGGUCAUAACACCAUCCAGAGAGGCCAGUCUUGAAACCCACCGGCUAACAUUUGACAAUGAUUAAGCUUCUUGAAGUUCACAGCCAACUUUAAAAGCUUACAGUGCAGCUAAAGGUUAGUGAUACUUGUCCCAUCAGCAGCUUAAGAUGCAGGAAUGGAGUUGGUAUGAAGAGGCGAUUGCCCUUUUUAUACUGCCACUUCAAAGCACAACAUUUAUAUCUCAGUAAUGCCUUGCCCUCAAUGUAAGAGUCACAGAUAUGUAGUAGUGAGACCAAGUUACCCCUCCAUGGUGCCAGCACUUUACAGAGUGGCAUAGGCAAGACAAGAUCACAGUGGGACCUUUGCGUUGCUUUGCACAGUAAAAGAACAAAGAUGUGUUUUAGCUACAUUAUGGUUGAAUUGCCAAAAACACUAAUAAGACAGCCAUAGUCUAAAAACAGACUACUAGCUACACUUGCACAGACUUUGCUAUUUGUAACCUUUAAUUAAACCAUAACCACGUCCUUUUGCUGACCAACAAUAAGUUGCUGUUUGCAUUACAGCUGAUGAGCUCCACCUCUGUGGCUACAACUUGGUGAAUCACUACCAUAAUAGUGACUCAGCAGGUUCAUGGUUUGACUUUAAACACACGACAGCAUGAAUUCAAACCAAAACCUGUAUAACCUCUCUACGGAUAAGAACAUGAACCCCCAAAUGCAAUCUCUUUUCACCAACAUCAUCCAGUGGAGCACACUGCAUUGAUGUCAAGGCCAACCUAAGCUGUCGACUAAGUGAGGGAUAACAGUGAGCAGGUGAUUAUGUGACAAAGAAUCUCUACAGGAUGAGACUAAUGAGAUCAAUUAACAUAACUGACUUUAAACUUUGUAUUUUCAUUCACAGUAACAUCUUGUUAGUGGCCUGCUUUAAUGUUAAAAAAUCACUUCAAAAUCUUGUUAUUCAGAAUCAAUAAUCUGAUAUGACGUUUUGACCAAUCAGAAUCAAGUAUUUACUCCAGCCAAGGAAUGAAUAAGAAAGCUUGGUAAUGAUCGUCACCAAAGGUCCAAUUCUGCCCUGAAAUAUGGAAAAAAAAUUGUCUAUUUGAAAGUUCCUGUUUAUAUGCAGCUUUUUAUAGCAACUAAAACACUUAAAAGUAAAUAUCAACAUUUACAAUUACGCUCAGUCAAUUCCAAGUCAGAGUUUGAGUCUCAGAGUUGUCCUUGCAGUUAACACUUUUUGUGUUAAAGGUUAAAGCGACUGCAUGUUUAAUUUCUCUGCUGUUUCUGUGUGUGUUCGCACUGACAGGUGGAGUGUGUGGUGGAAACCAGGGAUAGGACACAGAGCGCUCAGCUGCGAAAGACGCUAGGUGAGCGCUACCCGUCUGUUUGCUGGCUGGACCGAUGA